CACGAUUCCCGGCCAAUGAGCGCGCGGAGCGGCGGCCGGGGAAUAACCAAUAGCCGGCGGCCGGCGCGGAGAGGGCGGGGCUGGCGGCUGAGGGAGGCGGGUGCGGUGCGCGCGGGUCGGUUAAACCGGAGCGGCGGCGGCGCGAGCGGAGUCCCUGAGGUGCGCGUCCGCCCCCCACAUCCCUGCCCGCCCGCUGCGCGCCGCUCUACCGGGGCUGCCCCUGCUCCUCGACCGCGAACGGCAAUCAUGAGUGACCGAAAGGCAGUGAUCAAGAAUGCUGAUAUGUCAGAGGAGAUGCAGCAAGAUGCCGUGGAGUGUGCCACUCAGGCCCUGGAGAAGUACAACAUCGAGAAGGAUAUUGCUGCUCACAUCAAGAAGGAAUUCGACAAGAAAUACAAUCCCACUUGGCACUGCAUCGUGGGAAGGAACUUCGGCAGCUACGUGACUCAUGAGACCAAGCACUUCAUCUACUUCUACCUCGGCCAAGUUGCUAUUCUUCUUUUCAAGUCUGGUUAGCUCCGGGGACUCCUCCUGACACUUGCGUCUGGUUAUGGGACUGCGCUGGCUCCUGUGACUGGUUACUGCGGCCUUCCCGAGGAAGCAGAUGUUGGUCUUCAAGGGCAAUGGCAGGGACUGUGCUGUAGCAGAAGGUGUUACAUUGUGGAUAUAAAAAGGAAAAAUACCAAAAAAAAAGUCUUCCUUGUAUUUAUUUUUUUCUAAAAGGCUUCAUCUUUGCUAGUAGGGCUGUUGGAGGAGUUUGGCCUUCAGGAGUUCUCUGGCCAUCUGCAGUGUCGCCUCAUUUCUGUUCGUGCUGUGAGUACUGACGGUGUUUUGUUCUCCCUGUUCCAAACAUCUCCUAUUUUUAUUUUCUUGUGUUGCUGGAUUUACUAAAAACCACGGCUAUGCUGUCACAGAGCCUGAGCUGUUUCUUUUUCUGCUGAUGCCUCUUGGAGAUUUGAUUUGGAAAAUAAACGCCAAGCCCCACCCCA